UAAUGGAUGGGCUUGUAUGUCCUACAUGACGCACUGCUGAUAGUAAUUAUUGGGGGGCAUUGUUUUCUCUAACCAGUCCCAUUUCAAAGUUAAUUAUUGAUGCUUUGACUUUCAUCUCAUAUCUUAUUUUACCUGUACCUGCUAAUAUACUACUGGGUAAUGUGCUUUUGAGGAUUGGUUGGGUUGAUGCAAUGAUAGUGGACUAAAAAUUCUAUGAUUUUUUAUCAAGAGAAUCAGUUGUUGCCUUGGGGCAUAUUGGAAUUUUGUGCUAGAAAUAAUGAAGUUUGGAGUUUGGUUGGUGAUGCUAAGUAGAUUUUCUGUAGUUGGUUUGAUGUAAAAUUCUUUAUAUCUCCUACAAAAGCUUUGUGGCUUCUCUGGGGGAGUUAAUUUACACAUGAAGAUUGGCUGUUGAUGUUGAAAGUUAGCUGUUUUGUGGACUUCCUGGAAAAUUGGUCCUUGUGGUUUUUCCCAGAUCCACUUCUACAUGGAGGGCUCUCUCUCUGUCUUUGAGUUGUCCAAGAAUUUUGAGUUGUCCAAGAAUUUCAAGCUUUGAGGUUUAAAGUUCCAGACUUUGUUGUUUGAUUGGGAAACAUUGCCAAAAUGAAGUUAUAUUUGCAAGUAGUGGUUUGUCUUGUUUUUCAUAUAGUUGGGUGUAAAGUUUGUUUUGUUAUGAUGGUAAGGCACUCAAGAUUAGUGUUGGUUGUUGAGCAUAUUGGAUGAAGACAUCUCUGCUGGAGAGUUUAUAUUCCAAUGAGUAAUGGUUUGUCCUGUCCUUUCAUUUAGUUGGAUAUAAAGUUUGUCUUCUUAUGAUGGUAUGGCUCUCAAGAUUAGUACUGGUUGUUGGGCUUUCUGGAUGAAGACAUCUCUGCUGGAGAUUUGGCUCAAUGAUGUUUUUUUCCAGUAUUUCAGUUAUCCAUUGAUUGUUGUUUUAUUUCUUCUUGCAGGGUUCAAGCUCCACCUGUCCAGAGAAGUUCUCCAAAUGGAGGGUUUGCUGCAAAGCCACAUAAGCAGCAGGACAAGGAGCAACUGGGGAAGUCAGUGCCAAAGCAGAAGCCUCAAACACUGGACUCACUGUUUGCCAAUAUGAAGGAGGAGCGAAUGAGGGUCUUUCCACACAAGAAUAAUGUUGUACUACGAAAUAGUGGUGGCAGUGGUGGCCGGCAAAGACCACCAUGGACAAGACGCCAAUUUGGCAACUAAUUCUGCUUUUGCUGAUAAGGUGGAAUUUCUUGGUGUCAAAGGAUGAGGUGGUGUCCUACAGUUGCAGUGAACCUUUUCAUUUCUUCAAACAUUAGUUGAUGUAAAGCUGGGAGUUGUUAGUUCAGGACCUCUGUUUACAUUUUCUAGUUACUUGUUUUGUGCAAUAAUUGAUUCCAAUUUCCGGUUCAUCUGUAUAGUCUUUUUAUCAGGUGUGGUUGGAUUUUCAACUGGAAUGAUCAAUUAAUUUCAAGUUUCUACAGUCUUCACUUGCAAUCUGCAUCUGGAACAUGAUUUUGGGAAAUAGGAACUUUCUGAACCUAUAAGGGUUAAAGAUCAUCAUGAUUGAAACGUUGGUUUGCAUAUGGUGGGAGGCUGGUAGCGGCCAGUAAUAUGGAAAUACCAGUCUUGAGAUUUUUGCUACUGAUGAGAUGGCUUCCAUAUCUAGUAGUGGCUGGUUAAAGGCUCUUUUCUUCUUAAAUUGAUUGUGUUCUUAGAUGAAUUUAUUUUUGGAACAGUGGAAGUUUACUUUUUUCAGAUUUGAAUUCCUGGUAUUAACCUUAAAAAACUAGGUUUUGGUAAUUAAUAGAUACUAACUCAAUUA